UAUAUAAUAAAUUAUUCACGAGCCAUGGCGCAAAAUACGUAGUAUUAACCACAAAACCUAAAUUUAAAAUGUUCGAAAAGCAAUUGUUCGCCUGGUAUAUAACCAGCAAUGGUGAAAACGAACUAUCCAGAUUCAGACAGUAAGUUGUUCGUGAUGAAGAACAUGAAGCUGAAGAAACGUGAAACUUCCAAUGUAGUUCGACCGAUUUCUACAAGUCGUUUGGAAAGACCAGCAAGCAGCGAUUCGAAUAGCAGUGAUGUUAAAACAGUUGCAUCGUGGAGGGAAAUCAUUAAACCUAGCGCAUUUGUUAAGGAACUUAACCCUAAAUUUCUUUGCGUGGAGUGCAAGUACACGCUAGAGUUCCCGGUAGCGUUAUCAAAUUGCGAACAUCAUGCCUGCAGCCAGUGUGUGUCACGUCUCUGGAAGAUAUCGCGAUCCUGCCCCUUAGAUGGAAAAGUUAUUGACAGAAAUGAGGUUACGAUUGACGAAAAACUACAAAUCGAGCUCAACAACUUAAAUAUGGUGUGUCCUUAUAAACACUGUGGUUGCCACUGGGAGGGAAUGUUUUUUGACUUUAAGAGCCACUACGACGAGUGUUUGUACACCGAGGAAGUCUGUUCCAACGAUUGUGGUUUCCGGUGCUCAAAACAUCUAAUGGAUAAUCACUUACAAAUUGAAUGUUCUAAAAGGCUGGUUGUUUGUGAAUUCUGCGCUCUCCACCUGAAAGCAGAAAAUGAAAUUGAGCAUUUAAAGUCUUGUAUAAGAUUUCCAGUCACCUGCCCGAAAAAAUGUGGAACGAAGGAAAUACCUCGCGAAGAACUGAAUGCCCAUUUGGAACUUGAUUGUCAGCUGGCCGACAAGGUUUGCCCAUAUGAGACAGUUGGGUGUACGUUUACGUGUUCGCGUGAAAAGAUGGCAACACACGUCGACGAAUGCUUUCGUAAACACGUUUCUUUAUUGUGCGAUGGCUUUCGCAAACAGGCAGAAUUGCUCGGUUUACAAAAAAAACAGCUGUUCGAGCACAAACAGAUACUUCAUGAUCACGGAAAGAUGAUUACAAAAGUUGGCAGAGAAUUCGAUUCUCAACUUCUUUGGAAGAUAAGCGAAUGGAGCAGCAAGAAAAUAGAAGCAGAGGCAGCAAAGGGGACACACCUAUCUAUAUAUGUACGACUCUGCAAGGGAGAAUAUGAUGCAUUGCUAUCCUGGCCCUACCGUCUACCGAUUGAGAUCAGCCUAAUUGACCAGAGUCAAGACCCAAGAGCAAGAAUUAACCACACGUACAGUUUAAGGCCAAACCCGUGCAAGGAAAACAAACCUUUUCUUGGUCGACCAACUUCCGAAUCGAACCCAAGCUUUGGUUCUCAGACGUUCAUGCCACUGGACACCCUUAACACACGUGACUAUAUCAGAGAUGACGCAAUAUUUAUUCGGGUUUCCGUGUUACAUGAUGAAACUUAAAUUGAAUAAUUCAUCAUUCUGAAUUAAUACAAACACAAGAUGUACAGCAUGUAGCGCACACAAGUACAAUCAAUUAAAAGUAUUAUACCGAACGAUUAUUUUCUGGUGUAUUGCAGAAGUUAAACAUAUAUAUAUAUAUAUAUAGUAGGGUGGGGAAGACAGUACAGUUUUUAAUUCUAUUUUUCUAUUUGAUAGUAAACAAAGAAUAUUUAAAGGAUUAUAAAACCGUAUCCUCACGACUUUCAUAGACCUUUGUUUAUUGUUCAAAACGAUGUCUCACCUAUCCCCAACCUACUAUACCACUUCCGGAAGAUAUAUUUUAUAUGCAAUCAAUAAUUGCAUGUAGCCAAAAAAGGAAUACAAUUUAUUUGUCAUAGAAUAAUAAACGCUUCGUAUUAAAAAGUU